UUUUGGGCGUAUCUGGAUUACGAACGGCACCUUUUUUCAAAGUUUUCCGAAAUAAUUGUAUUCGAUAUUUUGGUAAAAUAUACAAGCAAAUACAUAGUAAAAAUACAAAGUGAGAUGAAGUGAUAUCCUGAAUGAACUAUGUAUUCAAGCUGACUUGCUGUUUAUAUUUGUACGAAUAGUUUUUCUACAGAGUUACUGGUAAAUUCUAUAGCUGCUUAAAACAUGGCGCUGCAAGUUCCAGAACUUAUUGCUGUAAUUGUGUUAUACAUCUUGAUUCUUGUGGUUGGAAUAUGGGCGACAUGGAGAGCGAAAAAUCAGGAAUCAACAACUGAAUCGAUUUUAGUCGGAGGAAGAAAUAUGGGAAUAUUUUUGUCGUUCAUGUCUUUAACUGCGUCGUGGAUCGGCGGGCCCACAGUCAACGGCGCCGCAGAGGGUAUGUACGAUCCCUAUCAAGGGUUGUUGUGGGUAGCACCGGCUAUGUUUGGAUUUAGUUUGUCGCUCGUUCUGAAUGGAAUGUUCUUCGUGAACACGAUGCGUGGAAAGGGAUAUGUCACCAUGGUUGAUCCAAUGCAAGCUAAACUUGGUUUAGUUGUUGGUGUAAUUCUCUCAACAGUGCAAGUGGUGUGCGAUUUAUUUUAUGAGGCUGCAACUUUGGUUGUGUUAGGUGGAACUCUAGAGAUUAUCAGUGGAAUACCGAACGUUUGGGCUGUUUUGCUAUCUUCAGCAGUUUGCGUUGUUUACAUUAUGUUUGGUGGCUUGUAUUCUAUUGCUUAAACGGAUGUUCUUCAAAUACUUUUUGUUGUAUUAGGACUGGUUAUCGCCAUACCAUUCAUGCUUACAAAUGAAGUAGUAUCGAGUAUCAGCGAAACAGCACACACAGGUCCUGAUGGUUGGCUUGGAACAUGGGACAACAACUACACAGGAUCGUAUAUUGACUUAUGGCUGAUGACUUUGUUGGGUGGAAUCCCAAUUCAGGAUGUUUAUCAAAAAGUAUUGGGCUCUAAAUCUUUGAAAAAUGCUCGACUUACCUGCAUACUUGCUGGAUUCGCGAGCUGCGCAAUUUCCACACUUCCAAUGAUCAUUGGGGCAGGCGCGAAAAGUACAAAUUGGACUGCAAUUGAUUACAAAGAUGCAAAUGGUUCAAGUCCUUUCGAUCUCGGCGACCAAGCAAUAAUAUUGCCUAUGAUGUUAAGCUUUACAGUUCCUGUAGUCGUUUCUAUCAUUGGAUUGGGUGUGAUUGCAGCUGCGUCAAUGUCUUCACUAGAUGCAGCUUUAUUGUCAACAUCGAGCGUAUUUGCAAGAAAUAUUUAUCAAGCAGUUAUACGACCAAAGGCUUCUGAUAAAGAGAUUGUUUGGGUUAUCAGGAUAAGCGUGGUUGUAGUUUCAGCUUUGUCAAUAAUGAUAGCAUUGUCCGUGAACACCGUUCUUGGACUCGUAUAUCUUUGUGGAGACUUCUACUACUGUUUGGUAUUUCCGCAGUUCACUUCAGUUUUGUUCCUGGAUCCCAACGCGUACGGAUCAAUUCCGGCCUUAAUUAUUGGAUUUCUCUUGAGAAUCGGUGCUGGUGAAAGAUUCAUAAAUUUUGAACCAUUUAUUCCCUUUCCCAGCGAAGGAAACUAUCCAUACAGAACCGUAGCUAUGGUCGCUUCGUUCUUUAUUCUUACAGUUUUUUCAUACAUUGCCAAAUUUCUUUUCGAAAAAGGAUAUAUUCCUGAUAAAUAUGAUUUUCUGAAUAGCAACCUCGCUAACGGAGGAAGAACAAACAAAUUGAAAGUGAUUGAAGUAAAGCUGGAUUCAAAAAACUGAUAAAUGUAAAGAAUACAGAAUAUAAAAGAAUGAAUUCCAAAUGAUUGCAUCAUAUGAAGAAUGAGUUCUAAAAUUCCUACUUUUAUUCUAGCCAGUGAUUGCAAGACAUCUGUGGUAAGAUGAAUGUCGACAGUAACUUUUUUCCAAUAAACAUUUAUUUGUGUAAUUAUUUCCAUUUUCUUCUCCAGUAAAAAAAUGGAUGCGUUUGUGCACUGUGUGCUAUACACACCUGGAUCGAGCUUAAUACCAAAUGUAAUAUUGAUAUUGAAAAAUAUAUCGUAAAAUAAAUAGUCAACAUUAUGUAAAUAAAAGAGUUGAAAAAACGACAUAUGAUGUAAUGAUUAUUCAAUUAUGGACAGUUCAGGGACAUUGCCUAAUGCCUACAUAACACAUAGCCUGCUUUGUGA